AUAAGACACAAACGUUAACGGAAAAAAAAAAACGAUUUCUCUGCAAUCUUGCUAUAUUCUUGGAUUACUUGUUUACCGAUCUGCAUAACGAUGAUGAGUCGCGGUGGAGCCAAGGCGGCCUCGUCGCUGUUGAAGGCUGCUAGACCACGGUUGUUCUCAACCGCCACUACGAGCACGAUCCGUUCCAUGUCUCACGAGACGAGCCAUCUUCUGCGACCUGCGGUUGCGGAUUUAGCUUCUCCGUCUGGUAUGAGCGGUUGGAUCUGGACUAGUCGAGCUCCGGCGAUGGGAGGCGUGCGGUUCGCCAGCACGGUUACUUUGGGAGAGAAAACGACUACGACGGAUGCGAAUCCGAAGAAGGCGGAGAAUGAAUCAUCCACCGGUGGUGACGCCGGAGGUAACAAGGGAGGGAAAGGAAUCGCUAGCUAUUGGGGUGUUGAGCCGAGUAAGAUCACUAAAGAAGACGGCACUGAAUGGAAGUGGAAUUGCUUCAGGCCAUGGGAGACGUAUAAAGCUGAUUUGACGAUAGAUCUGUCGAAGCAUCAUGUUCCGACGACGUUUCUUGACAGAUUGGCUUAUUGGACUGUUAAAUCUCUUCGUUGGCCUACCGAUCUCUUCUUCCAGCGGCGAUAUGGAUGCCGAGCUAUGAUGCUCGAGACUGUUGCAGCAGUGCCCGGAAUGGUCGGAGGAAUGUUACUCCACUGCAAAUCUCUCCGGCGCUUUGAGCAAAGCGGAGGAUGGAUCAAAGCUCUUCUCGAGGAAGCAGAGAACGAGAGGAUGCAUCUCAUGACGUUCAUGGAAGUCGCUAAACCCAAAUGGUACGAGAGAGCUCUUGUCAUCACCGUCCAAGGAGUCUUCUUCAACGCCUAUUUCCUCGGUUACUUGAUCUCCCCGAAGUUUGCUCACCGUAUGGUUGGGUACCUUGAAGAAGAAGCUAUCCACUCGUACACUGAGUUCCUCAAGGAACUUGACAAAGGUAACAUCGAGAACGUACCUGCUCCGGCUAUCGCUAUUGAUUACUGGAGGCUCCCUGCUGAUGCGACCCUUCGUGAUGUGGUGAUGGUGGUCCGUGCUGACGAGGCUCAUCACCGUGACGUUAACCAUUUUGCAUCUGACAUUCACUACCAAGGUCGUGAACUAAAGGAAGCUCCAGCUCCAAUUGGUUAUCAUUGAUUUUAAUUACCAUCUCGUUGAAUAAAAAGGGCUUGUUUUUACUAAUGUUUCAAAACGUUGUUCUAAAGAACUUGAGAGUCUAUGCCUCCCCUUUCACUUGUAUAUAUAGAUCACGGAUCACCUCUACUGGAGCCAUACUUUUGGAUCGGCGUCCUUGAAUGUUAUAAUUUGCUAAAAAUAUUCUCUGUUGUGGGCUUUUCUGUACUUGGAUUUUCGUUAAAAUUUAUGGGCUAUUGGGUUUUUUUUUUGCUA